AUGCAGACCGAAAUUCCGCUGUGUGUCCAUACAUGUUGGAGUACGGACCAGAAAAACGUCCAGUGGUGCCGAUUGCGGAAGAAGUUUGCCUUUGCAUCUGCAGAAACGAAAUCUGCAGCCGUAUGCGCCACCCGAAGCCUUAGCAAUUUAAGCCACGAAAAGCGUCUGAGGAGGAAGCUGCGUCCCCGGCUGCAAAAAAAAGACUGCAAAAACGAAUGGACGUCAGGUGCCAAGGAGUUAGAAGAGGCGUGGGAGGACAAGAACCCGCGGAAAGCCUCUGCUUUACUAAGACAGUAUAGCGGCAAAAUGAAAAGAUGUGCUCCUGUCCUUAACACUGCCAAUGGAGUAGCUGUCGGUGAAGCAACCCUUCCAAUUUGGAGGGAACACUUCAAGACCUUGCUGAACCGGCGAGCACCGUCAGCUCCUGAACUCGAGCACGUUCAUAGGCCGAAAUAUGCGGUUAACGAGAAGCCACAGACCGAGUCGAAGGUUCUAGCCUGUAUCCAAAAAAUGAAGAAUGAAAAAAUCAGGUGUAGACGCAAUUAG